CCCUACAUCAUCAUCGUCAGCGCAUGAUUGGUAGUGUCAACGGCGCUGAACCUUCUCACGUCAAAAUCGUGAUAUCAACAAACGAAACCAAAACAUCCAUCUGGGGACGUUUCAAUAUUUUCGAAAAUUCGUGUGAAAUUCUCGGUGAAAUUGUCUAUUAAAUCCUGCUAAAAUAUGUUCAAGACCACAACAGUGUGAAGGAUUAGAGUUUUACAAUGGAAAUCUGCCGCUUGUGUAUGCAUUGUGAUGACAAAUCAUUAGUGUCCAUAUUUUCGGUAAUCGACAAUGUGAAUAUUGCAAAAACAAUAACAUUCAGCUGCUCUAUUAAGUUAUCCGAAGACGACGGACUUCCUGACAAAAUUUGCAAACCCUGUGUUCGGGACGUCCAAAGUGUCAACACUUUCGUUGAAAAAGUGCGCAGCACCGACACAUACCUUCGGAGUGAUCUAGCCCCACGGGAUGAUGAAAAACCACCAAUCGAGGUCAUCGUUGUUAAAACAGAAAUCUCUGACGAUGACAGUAAUGGAGUAGGUGUAACUGUCGAUGGCGAUGAUGCUGAGCAUAGUAAUGUCGAAUUGAAAUCCGAGUCGGAUUCCGAUGAAGAUGCGCUAAGUAUUGUCAAAGCUCGGAUCAAGAAGAGUCUGAAAAAAUCUGACACUAAAAGUAAAAAGCAACGUAAAAGAAAACGAAAAUCCAAGCCUGAAAGUGAUGACGAACCCGAGGUCUUGGAUGAUAACGAAUCUCUUGAUGAGAAAGAGCAGGAAGUGUUCGAUACUAUUAAUCUACCAGAGGUCAAUUAUGUGUGCUGCGGCUGCUAUCAAUACUUCAAAACUCCAUACGAACUCGAAGUUCACACUGAAGUUCAUAAAAAAGUCUUAGUUAAAAAAACUGAUAGGGUGUUUUGUCAAAUAUGCAAACAAAGAUUUAAUAAGACGGGGGCUCUGGAUGAACAUCAAAGAAAGUUGAAUGCGGUGAAAAGGAUCUAUGAAUGCCGCAUAUGCAACACUCGAUUCAUUGGCGUCAAACGAAGACGAAGACAUGCUUACAGACAUCCAAAAACAAUCGAAGACAAAAUGAAACAGGAGUUUGGUGAAAUCCUGUGCUGUGUAACUAAUUGCAACAAAGCAUAUCCUACGGAAGAGCUUCUAGUGAGACACAGUCAAGAAGCGCAUAAAAUUCAUAAGCGUGCCUAUGAAUCGGAGGAAGUGGCACAAAAACCAUCGGAAUGUCCCGUUUGUUACAAAAGGUUUGCCUCAGUACUGUUGCUCCGCAGGCACCGGAAACGCAACUCGAGACCCAUGAGUCACCAAUGUGCCACGUGUGGGCUGAAGUUCCGCACCAAGGAUGUUUUGUUAAACCACGAAAUGAAUCAUGACAAUCAAAAACCGUUUGCGUGUGAUAUCUGCAAGAAGCACUUCACAAGUAGCAGUGCCCUGAAAGCACAUCAGAAAUACCACUUGGACGAACGACCCUUCAUCUGUGCGACCUGUGGGGCUGGAUUCUACCAGAAAGCACAGCUCAUCACGCACGAGUAUGAUCACGGCAGCGCACCGCUUCCAUUCCAAUGCGAGGUGUGCAACAAGUCCUUCAAGAUGAAAGGUGGUUUGGUCAAUCACAUGCGGCUGCACACCGGAGAGCGUCCGUUCCCGUGUCGCCACUGUUCGAUGUCCUUCUCGAAUAAUACCACGCGGCAACGGCAUGAAAUGAAUCACACUGGUGAUAAACCAUUUAAAUGUACCUAUUGCGAUAAAAAAUUCACAAUUAAACGACUUCAAGUAGAACACGAAUGCAAGCAUACAGGUAUUAAGCCGUAUAAGUGCAGCUUCUGUGAUAAGACAUUUAUUCGCAAACGAUUCCAGAUAGACCAUGAAAGUAGUCAUGCAGGAGUCAAACCGUACAACUGCGACCUGUGCAAACGGGGCUUUACCCACAAAACCGGCUUGCGACGGCACCGAAUGGAAUUUCACCGCCAGGAAGUGGAAAAUGAGUCACCUCCGGGAAGGAGGGGUCAUUCGACCGUAACAGAAGUUCCGGUGGUUAGCAACGAUUCAUCAGUAGCAGUCGUAGUUCCAAACAACGACAGUCAGGGUGGUGAGCCUAAUGGCGUCAGCGAGUGGUAAUCGGUAAGUACGUUUAUCAAGUGAUGGUGAGAAAUAUGUAGAAUGCAGCGCAUGACACCAUUUUAAACUCGCCACCUGAUUUCCAAUAUAAGUUAUGAUUUAAGUGUUA